AUGGUUCGCAGAUCCUCUUCUCGGGCGAGUUCUUUCCACCCCUGGGUGGUCUGCGGUGUCGUUUGUUUCGCGGUCGGAUUUGUUUGCUUGGACUUCGUGAACGGCCGUGGACGAAGCCCAGACCGAUCAGCACGACGGGCAUCCGGACCAUCACUGCUACCUCCGGAGGUGCCUCCAGAGUCUCGUUGGGAUUUGUGGCCUGCACUUCCUGUGGCUCCAUAUGAACGACGCCGAACGAUACUAGCAGAGUAUAUCCCAGGAAAGCUCUGGGGACUUGAGCAGAAGCUGGGCUUGCUUUACGUGCAUGUGCCCAUUCGCAUGACAGUUCUUCGAUUAGAAGCUGGAGGCCUCUUGGUCUAUGGUGCAGUGGCACCAACUGGCGAGUGUAUCUCCAUUCUGCGUGGUUUAGAAGCGUCCUAUGGCACGGUGCGUUUCUUGAUCCUUCCCACCGUGGCGGUAGAGCACAAGACCUUUGCUGGACCUUUGGCGCGGCAGCUUCCAGAGGCUGAAGUCUGGUAUGCGCCCGGUCAAUAUUCUGUACCUUUUCCGCUGCCGCUGGAAUUCCUCGGCUUUCCCUUAACGCGCCUUCGUGAACUGCCCAAAACGAGUGAGGGCGCGGAUUUGCCAUGGGGCUCUGAGCUUGAACACAAGGUGCUCGGCCCAGUGGGGAAGGAUCCCUCCACCGGCGCCUUUUGCGAGGUCGCCUUCUAUGUGCCGCGGCUCCGUUUGUUGCUGCUGACAGAUUUGUUGAUCUCAAUUCCAGCGUCGCCGCCAGCCAUCUUGCAAGAAGAUCCCAGGCCGUUGCUGUUCCAUGCAAGAGACGGUCCACUGGAGCCUUUGGAGUCAGAUGUGAGGGCUUUGCAGCGGGGAUGGCAGAGGAUUGUGAUCUUCUCGCUCUUCUUCCAGUCUGGGGCGAUUGAUGUGCAAAGCAUCGGUGAAGCAAUUCAGGAUGCCCAGAAGUCCAAAGCCCCGGAACUCGGUUGGGGUGGUCUUCUGCCCUGGAACUACCGGGAAGACUGGCAAGAGGCCUUUGAGGCGGUGUCUGGGGGUGUUUUGGUUCCACCAAUCCUACAGGCCUUAGUCCUCAAUCGUGGAGAACGCGAUGCCAAAGCCUUGCGAGACUUCGUAGAUGCUGUGAGCGCCUGGCCCUUCGAACGGAUGCAAUCCUUACAUUUCGAUGGACUUACAGCUUGCACACCAAGCGACUGGAGGUCUGCCUUCCGCCGAUUCCUGGAUGAGCCUCUGCUGCCUUUUGGAACCUCGGGCCCCAAGCCACGAGAAGUGGACUUGGAAUUCUUGCGCGGCUUUGGACGUCAACUUCAGGCAGGUGGCAUCAUCGAUCCUUUGUUAGAAAAACGUCAGAGCCUUGUGUGA